AGUGCGCACCUUGAAACGCGACAAGCAGAGCAUGAGCAGCGCGACCACGUCCCGUGAGCGACACUGUUGGUCCAGUUAAUUCUGCCACGUUCGUGCUUUGGCUUCAAUUAAUUCGGUUUACAUGAGUUCUCUAUUGUUAUGGCUUUUCAUGCGCUGCCAGUCAACACAGUGAUCGAACGAACACGUUAAUGGGCUGGAAAGACUUGUUUUCGCCUACACAAUAAGAUCACUGACCCUAACGUCGCAGCCACACAUCGGGAGGCAGGAUGACAGAGCGUGUGACUGAGCGGAUGACGCGACUGAUGUUUGUGAUGGGGGCUCUCCUGUGACUCGGUCACUCUUUCCUUAACGACCAUGCGCUUUGGAAAACGAGCCCCACAGAGGAAGUGAGCAUGCAGGAGGUCAUCCAGCUCGUCUACAUCGUCCUGGAGCUCAUAAUCGCCUGCCUGGCUGUGGCUGGGAACGUCCUGGUGUGUUGGGCCGUCUACCUCAACUCCAACCUGCAGAGCGUCACCAACUUCUUCGUGGUGUCUCUCGCCGUGGCCGACGUCGCCGUGGGGCUGCUGGCGAUUCCCUUCGCCAUCGCUAUAAGUACCGGCUUUUGCGCCAACUUCUAUGGAUGUCUGUUCAUUGCUUGCUUCGUGCUCGUGCUCACCCAGAGCUCCAUCUUCAGCCUGCUGGCGAUCGCCGUCGACCGCUACAUCGCCAUCAACAAUCCACUCAGAUACAACAGCCUGGUGACAGGGCAGAGGGCGAAGGGCGUCAUGGCACUGUGCUGGGUCCUCUCCACAGGAAUCGGCCUGACUCCGAUGCUGGGCUGGAACAAAGGUUGGAACAGCACGGCCGGCAGAAACGAGUGCUCCGAGGGCCUGACCAGGUGCCUCUUCGAAGGGGUGGUGACUCUGGACUACAUGGUCUACUUCAACUUCUUCGGCUGCGUCCUGGUCCCUCUGCUCGUCAUGCUGAUCAUCUACGUCCACAUCUUCAUGGCCGCGCGGCGCCAGCUCCGGCUCAAGGUCGCCCACACCCCCUCCCCCGGGGCAGCGGCCGCGUCGCCCAGCUCGAGUCGGUCCACCCUGCAGAAGGAGGUGCACGCUGCCAAAUCGUUAGCCAUCAUUGUGGGCUUGUUCGUCGUCUGCUGGUUUCCACUGCACAUCAUCAACUGUUUCAACAACCUGUGUGAGGACUGUGGACGCCCACAUGUCUGGGUGAUGAACGUUGCCAUCAUCCUCUCCCAUGCUAACUCUGUAGUCAAUCCCUUAAUCUACGCGUACCGCAUCCGGGAAUUCAGACUGACUUUUCGAAGAAUCCUGUACCAGCACAUCCUGGGGAAGAGAGACGCACAAGGGUUCGGAGUCGGGAAUAACAGGGCUGUUGUGAGCAACAGCACUCUGGGCUCCUCCGAUUGCAGUAAAAACGUGUCAUCGUGUGUAACGGUGGUGAAUAGUUACAUAUUGGACUCUGCUUUUACCCCGACUACACCAAAGGCAACUCAUGAGACCUGUGGCCAGUGGACCUCCAAGUUCAACGAUGCACCAAGUAGCAACAUGCCCAACGAACAUCAAACACAGAAUAGUACUGUUUCAGCAAUGCAGCAGCAGAAAUGCAUCAUGGGACUUGUUCUUCAGGACGGACUGGCGUCACACAUGUGGGCCACGAAUGACGUUUCGUUGGUGAAGGACAGUGAGAGCUGUAUUACCUAUGCAAAUGUUCAUGCUGUUUCCGCUCCACAGAACACACAGACGCGUCACGAGAAGGAUUCAUAGGUGUUUAAAAAAUAUUUAUAUCAUCGUAAAAUAUACGUGUAAACACUUUGUAAUAGAAUGAAGUAUGGAUUAAAAGACAAGUCAGCAGCAUGACCGCAGUUGUGCUUUAUUAUUCUCAUAAAGUACAGUAAGUGAGCUGGAUCACAAGCAUAUACCAGAGUUUGAAUGCAUACACAUACAUUUUAGGCUCCAGAUUUUCACAUUAGAUUUAAAUCUUACAGCACUAAACAAUGGUUUCCAAAACUGUAUAUUUUAAAUGCUAGUUUUUAAUCUUAAUUAUUGUUUUUUGCCACAAUGGCCACAAUAUCUAAGUCCAACUAAAUGAUGUAUCCAGGUCAGUUACCAACAAUCCAAAAUAUAGAGGUUGUUUGGUCUAUAUCAGUCCAUAUACCUGUAAUGUAUACUUUCAGAUCUAGGCUUCCAGGCAGCGAUAACAUCAAACUGGCCCACACAUACACAAACAUACAUGCACCUGACCACAGACUGCUCAGUUAGAGGUGUUUACAGAGCAGCCUGCCUGCUGACGCCAGUCAAUGAGCCUAAUGCAGUGGAAAUCAAAUGAAGGUUCAUUUGAUGAACAUUUUAUUGUGCCAUUAUGCCUUUUCUUCCCUCAUUAAAAAACCCCAGGAAAAAAAACUCUAGGAAAUUCUGGGAAAACAUCUACAUUAAGAAAGCAUUUAUGUGCCUUAAAACAAUCCCAGGCAUGUUUUCAGUAUUCAACUUACAGAACAUGUAACAGUUAUACUGUUUGUUAAAUUAUCCUUUAUUGUGCAUCUGUGUUAUUUACUUUAUUGUGGCCAUGUACAAUGGUAUUUAAGUGAAUAAAGACAUUUAUUUUUAA